AUGGCUGCUGCUGCAUUCGCCAAGGAUAGUUCCAAACCGUUCCUCCCUCUAGCCGGCGUUGCCCGGGACGGUUGGUCAAAUGAGGAUGAAGCCACCUCGACAUGCUUCUGCGGCGCCGUCCAGCUCGUACUACCCCUCAAGGCGCCAGGCUUGGUCAACAGCUUCGUGUGCAACUGUUACGACUGCCGGAAGAUCACGGGGUCCAUGUUCGCGAGCAACGUGACGGUACAGGACUCGCACGUGCGGUAUACGCGGGGCCAGGACCAACUGAAGGCGUGGCGCAACGAGACGACCAUCGGCUCCGGCGAGGCCAUGACCAACUACUUCUGCGGGACCUGUGGCGGCCUCAUGUACCGUGUCGGCGACCGCUUCCCGGGGCUGAGCUUCCUGCGCAUGGGCCCGAUCGACGACUUCAAUCUGCACGAGACCAAGCUACGGCCGCAGGUCGAGCAGUACACCGCAGAUCGCGUCAGCUGGUUUCAUGGGGUUGAGGGGGCUGAAAAGUUCGAGAAGAUGUCGAGCUAG